AUGGGAGUGAAGGUUAAUAGUCGGCAGCUACACCAUUUGCGCCUUGCUGAUGACACCGUGCUGAUAACACCUAGCCUCAGCCAAGCGGAACGAAUGCUGACCGAAUUCGAAGAAACAUGUACAUGCUUCGAUCUUCAACUAAAUCUGCAGAAGACGAUGUCAGUGCGUAACGGAUUGGUCUCGGAUCCCUCAUUCACGCUCGAAGGAACGAACAUAUCCAAAUGCACCAGCUACGUUUAUCUUGGUCGUGAAAUGAACAUGAUGAACGACCUGACCCCCGAGCUGGGCAGGAGAAGAUGA